UCUAUAAAUGAUUGUGAUCUAUGGUUUAAGGUUCCAGUCCAUCGAAAAACCCAUAAUAGGCCAGUUAAGAUCGAGAUGCAAGUAGUGCUGCUUCCGCUGAUGAUGUGGAUGAUUUGGAUUUCAGAGUCUGCGGCAGAGGAGCUAGACUUACGACGGAGUCCUCGCGUUGUGGGCGGUCAUCCUAGUGAUGUGUGGAAUCAGCCGCACGUGGUCAACAUCCGGCGGCGUGGCAACUUCGAGUGCGGCGGAUCUCUGGUCACUCCCCGUUGCGUCUUGACCGCCGCCCACUGCCUGAAAGAGGGUCAACCUUCCGACUUCGUGGUUCGCGGCGGGGUCACCUAUCUGCGGGAUAUGAGCAAUGCCCGCUAUGUGAGGAAGAUACUGCUGCCAGCGGCUUAUAGUCGCACCACUUUGGACCACGAUGUGGCUCUCCUGCAGCUGCAGCAUCCGCUCCAGGCCUCCGUUGCUCGACCCAUUUCCUUGGCUGUGAAUUCUCCUCGCCCUGGGUCUUUUGUCCGGGUUUCCGGCUGGGGACUAACCGACGACAGCUCCACAUCGCUGCCCAAUCAGCUCCACAGCGUCCAUGUGCGAGUAAUGCCACAGUGGGAGUGUCGGGAUUUAUAUCGUGGCUAUCGGAAUAUUACGGCCAGCAUGUUCUGUGCAUCGAUUCCGGGCUUGAAGGAUGCCUGUGCCGCCGAUUCCGGGGGACCGGUGGUCAACGCCCAUGGUUUCCUCGUGGGCGUCGUCUCAUGGGGCAGGGCCAAUCGCUGUGCCGCAGCAAAUAGUCCCGGGGUUUACUCCGAUGUCAGUUACCUAUCCGACUGGAUAAUCGAUAAUAUGCGCCGGUAUUGCUAGAUCUGCUUCGAAUCUGUAUUAAUCAGUAUUAGAUUGGUUAACCCUGAUCGUUGACGUCACCUGGAGCCGGAAAAAUGCCAUUGAAGUGGGCACUACCACUUCCAUUGUGACCCGAUGUGUUUGCUCAGGUGGUUUCUUAAUG